AUGACGCUCACGACUGGUGCACUCACGCUUGCCGUCAAGCGCCUCACUGAAUUCGCAAAGCUGCCAACCCGCGGCACUGCCCUCUCGGCUGGCUAUGAUCUGUACAGUGCUUACGACGAGGUUAUUCCCGCCCAAGGCAAGGCCAUCGUCAAGACCGACAUUGCGAUCGCCGUCCCCGAAGGCCACUACGGCCGUGUUGCUCCCCGCUCGAGCAUUGCUUGGAAGAACCACGUCGACGUCGGCGCUGGUGUUAUUGACGCAGACUAUCGAGGCAACGUCGGUGUCAUUUUGUACAACUUUGGCAAGGAGGACUUUACGAUUAAGCGUGGCGACCGCAUUGCGCAGCUUAUUCUGGAGCGCAUCUCCACGCCCGACGUGGUUGAAGUUGAGCAAUUGGACGACACUCAACGUGGCGAAGGCGGCUUUGGUUCGACGGGAAAGAAUUAA